AUGGGUGCAACAUUGAUACUGGUGGUGAGUUUAGCAAUAGUAUUAGCUCUAAUUCUAGUAUUAUUAGCUGAACUUUACUGUUUUCUUCUCUUUCGCAAGCGUAGAUAUAGAACUAACACUGCUACUACUGCCACAACUACGCCUGCUGCAACUUCACCUCAAGCUUCAUUACAUUCAUCAACAACAUCAGUUCAGCUGAGCAAUGUUUAUGCUCAUGGUGUCUUUCUAGCUCCAAGAAACAUUCUUUACCCUUCCAUUGUUCACAAACAAGAAGAAGAAAUUUACCCAAACAACACCCCAUCUCCAUUUUCAUCAUUAACAGCUUCACCGGCCACUAUGCAACAAAUUCACCAUCAAGAAGUAGCUGAAUCAGAAAUUACUGAUGUCCGGGUUAACAUUGGUAGUAGUGUUUGUGGCUCUGCUGCUGAUAAACAUUUGGUUUACAUUUCUAAUCCAAUAUAUGACAAUGAAUUAAGCUACAAACAUAGUGGAGUUGGAGGAGGAGGAGGAGGAGAAAGUGCAAUUUGUAGUAAUGCAACUCCAUUUGAAACCCCGGAAUCAUCACCAUCUCAUUUAGAAAUGGAUUGGGAGGCAGAAGAAGAUAGAAGAAAUGAAGAAGGGUUAAGUCCUAAUUCAUCAUUGGAAACAAUGACACCACCAUUAACACCAAUGAAGAAGCUAUUACCAAUGGAAGCUUGUUCAUCUGUUUCAGUCAGUUUAAGAGAUGCUAGAUCUAUUGAUACUUCUGGUAGUAGUCAUGGUUUAUCUUGUUCUUCAUCACUUUCUACUUCUCCUUCAUGGUGUGACUAA